AUGAGUGUGUUCGUUAAUUAAAGUAUCCGACGCGUUGCGUUCAUGUAUAAUACGUUUGCGUUUUUCCGAAAGGAAACCGGCGAUGGUCCAAAAAGGAGGGCGGUUGCGAAAAAUGGCGACUGUAACGUUAGCUACACGAGAAUCGCGGAGCACCGCAAGAAGUUCGUGCAAGAUUUCUUCACGACGUUGGUUGACGUGAAAUGGACGUGGAUGCUGUUAGUGUUUGCGCUGAGUUUUCUUCUGUCGUGGUUGGGUUUUGGUCUCUUAUGGUGGAUCAUAGCGUUUACUCACGGCGAUCUCUACGAGGAGAAUCUGCCGAAAAACCAACAAAAGACGGGAUGGUCCCCGUGCGUCACGCAAAUCAAUUCGUUCGCGUCCUGUUUUCUGUUCAGCAUCGAAACCCAGCAAACGAUAGGUUACGGUUCGCGGACCAUCACCGAGGAGUGCCCCCAGGCGAUGGUGUUGCUCUACCUUCAGUGCAUCGCCGGCGUAGCCAUUCAAGCUUUAAUGGUCGGGAUAAUCUUCGCGAAGACGGUCAGACCAAGCGAAAACGCCCACUCCAUCAUCUUCUCCAACAGCGCCGUGAUCUGCCACCGCGACGGCUACCUUUACCUGAUGUUCCGCAUCGGCAACAUGCGCAAAAGUCACAUAGUCGGCGCGAAAAUGAAAGCCCAACUAAUCCGCACGAAGAUCACAAACGAAGGCGAAAAGCUCCACCAGUACCAGACGGAACUACCGAUAGCAACGGACGACCGGACCGACCACCUCUUCCUAAUCUGGCCGCUGCUCAUCGCGCACAAGAUCGACGAAAACUCGCCGCUACUCGGCCUGACCGCCAGCGAGGUGCGGCAGGACCUGUGCGAAAUCGUCGUGAUGGUCGAGGGUACCAUCGAGAGCACCGGACGUUCGACGCAGUCCCGCACCAGCUACCUCCUCAGCGAGAUCCUGUGGGGCCAGCAGUUCGUACCGAUCGUCACCUACAACGCCAAAAGGCGAAAGUAUCACGUCGACUAUUCCAAAUUUGACGAUACGGUCUCGGCGGACACGCCGUCGACGGCCGGUACAGAUUUAAUAGAUUUUUACUCGUUGCAAGAACGCGAAGGAAUGGAUUAAUUACAGAGUCAUCGUUACGCAUGCGCAGAUUAAUUAUAUGGCGGUUAAUUUAAAAUUGAUUUACAUUAGGGUUGUUGUGUGUCGCAAUCGAUUUUCAAUUAAAUUAUUAUACAAUCA